AUGGCAGCAUCAUUGGCAACAGCUAAUGUGCAUCAGAAAGGCACAUAUUAUGCACGCCAACUACGUGCAUGGGCCAAGGCAUUUAUCACGGACCGUGACGAUCUCCCUUUCGACCAAUACGGCCGAUCGAAGAUAUCGAAGCUUGAUAAUGAAGAGCUCAUGAACGAACUUCACCUGCACCUACAAUCGGUCGGGAGAUAUGUCAAGGCAGGGGAUCUCGUCACGUACCUCUCUGACAAAGAAGCCCAGAGUCGCUUUGGACUCAAAUCAACGAUUUCCCUCGCAACGGCGAAGAAAUGGAUGCAUACACUUGGGUAUCACUGGCGCACUGACCAUCGUGGUCAGUAUGUUGAUGGACAUGAACGAGGAGAUGUGGUUAAUUAUUGCCAGAACAUUUUUAUACCGGAGAUGAUGGCAUUACAAGCUCAAAUGAGACGGUGGAUGAGUGACGGACUCACAUCGGAGAUCAAUUUGGAACCACAUGAAUGUCCUGUCGAAGUUUGGCUGCAGGACGAAGUCACAUUCUACGCAAAUGACAGGCGUCAUUCCGGAUGGUAUCAUCUCAAUGCAGGUUCCGAUCCUCGUCCAAAGGGGGAAGGGAUAUCAAUCAUGAUCUCCGAUUUCAUUUCCGCAGAUCGAGGAUGGUGCAGAUCACGAGAUGGGAAAGAGAGUGCAAGAGUUGUCUUUCGAGCAGGGAAGUCGCGAGAUGGAUGGUACACAAGUGAAGACAUGCUGAAACAGGUGACGAAGGUCAUGGACAUCCUGGAAAACAAUUAUCCAGAGUCAGAUCAUGUUCUCGUGGAAUCCGGGAAUGGGGGAGUUGAGACGACGCUAUUGGGAGAAGACGGAAAACCAGUCCAUGGGCGGGAUGGGAAAGUUCUAAAAACGAAGGUGCCGAUGCAAGAUGGGCGAUUCGCAGACGGACGACCACAGCCGCUUUAUUUCCCACCCGGCCAUGAGCAUGCGGGAAAGUUCAAGGGCAUGGCGGAGAUUCUGUGGGAGAGAGGGUACAAUGUUUCGAAGCUGAAGGCCCAGUGCACCAAGUUCAGGUGCCCAGAGGGGGCCACUCAAUGUUGUUGUCGAAGAAUCCUCUUCAAUGAGCCAGAUUUUGUUGGUGUCCCAAGUCGCCUGGAAGAACACUGCCUUGCGCGGCACUUCAAGCUAAUCAUCUUGCCGAAGUUUCACUGUGAACUCAACUUCAUCGAACAGUGUUGGGGAUAUGCUAAAAGACUUUACCGAUUAUAUCCACCCACCACGAAGGACGAAGAGAUGGAAACACCCCUGGUUGUAGUAUUAGACCUAGUAAAAUGGGAACUACCAUUCUUACCAUAG